AGAGCUAGUGUUUUCUUUUCUCUCCCCCUCCCCUCUCCUCCCAUGUGACGUCGCCUGCAGGCUGCAGCGGUCGGUGCCGGCCAGCCAUCCCCGGCGAGAUCCCCCCCUCUCCCUCUCCCAUCACCCCCGCCGCCAACGUCUGGUCGCACGGACCAUAGGCCGCCAAUGCCCACGUCGGAUUGCUCGGGGUCCUACCAUAGGUCCGGAUCGUGGCUCCCCCUCCUGUCCCUACUAUGCCACCACGCACGGGAGCAUGGGAGGGCGCCUCGGUGUCGCCCCUGCCACCGUCUACGACCUCACACCACCACUGCCCUCCACAUGGCUGCCCAUUGCUGCCGCCGCGGGCACGGGCGCGAAGCUACUGGGAGUGGGGGUUCUUGCUGCCUUGGUUGUUGGCUUUAGCUACGGGUGCUCCGGUGGUGCCCAUCGCGCCCACGCUAUCUUUGUCGUUGCCGUCCUUCACGGUCUCAGCUCUCCUAAAGCACCUAUUGAGCUCGUAGUUGGGGUGUCAGUCUCUCUCGGGUUUCCUCCACCCAUCGGUUUCACGAGACUGUAUUGAAAGUGAAAUGUGCCUUGGGCCAUUUCUAAGUAUUUUGGUGAUUUAGUUUCAAACACAAGUGCUUAAGUGUAAAAUGGUGGACAAAGUACAAACCAAGGAUAAAGGUAUGUUUCUCAGACUUAGUACAUUGUUUUAUGGACUAAUGUAUUGUAUCUAAGUGCUGGAAACAGGAAAAAUC